CGGACGCCCGGUCGUCCCGCCCACGCCGCCUGCGGCCCGGCCGCGCCGUUCUCACCCCCAGUUCGGCCGGAUCUCCUCCUGCUGGCUGGAGCACGGGGGCUCCUCCUCCUGCUGCAGGGCUUCGGGUACUCGUCGGAGACGAGGUUGGGGCCGUCGCUGUGGUGGCCCACCGGUCACCCUAGCGAUGGGAAUGGAACGAGGGAGGCACCCUCGAGUCCAUGGACAUCUUGGAUGCCACGGGGAAGGCUGCCGGCGACGAGGGAGACGGCUGCAAUGCGGCGAAGCUCCCCUAUCUUGUUCUCUGAACCUGUGUGCACUACUGAAUCUCUUAUCUUGCAGAGGGGGAAAGAAUGAGGGGAAUAUACACGUCCUAAUUUACACGUUCCACUGAAAAACUAGACGUGUAUAAUUUCCACGCCGUGUAUAUGGACGUGUAUAUGAAGAUAUACACGUUCAAAUAUACACCAUCCACUAGAGAUGCUCAACCUCUCAUUUAUUAAUUAACAUGGAGUGUUGGAGGGAGUGUCACAUCUUGCAGCAACUCCGCCAGCAAUCAACUGCCUAGGCCAGCUGGCAUAUGUGCUAUAUGUAUCCAAGAAUGGCAUCUGAUUUAACCUGACCAGCGACCGCUCCCACAACCAUAUCACUGCCCAACCUGUCAGCUACUUGUGCUCAUCUAUGUUCUUUGCAACACUAUAACACACUGCCCUGUUCUGAAUGGAGAUUCCAAUUUAGUGUAUCGAUCCUACAUGCUUUAACCCCCCUUGAUGUGUUCACUCAAUGUUGUUGUAUUCAGAGAUGUUCCAUAUUCUUUUGGUAGGAAUUAUAAGCUCUAAACACAUAAUUAUUCAACCCGCAAGACUUUUUUGCUUUGGGUUUCAGAAAACUAUACAAACAUAUUGUAGGAUAGCAACAUCUUUACUAUAGUACAUGUGUGCAUGAUAAUCUUCUUCUUGGUGGCAUGAUUAGAAUUAUGCUAAUUAUCUUGCUUUGUACUAGGGGUAAAUAGGCCAGACUAAAAGGUACAAUACUAAUGGCGAACAACAAGAUAUUGACCUGAUGUGUAAUAGUUGCAACUGACCAACUCAAACGAAUACUAAAAGCAUCUCUAGCAGAUCCCGCAUUUCUGUGAAAACUGUAAAAUAACCGCCGUUUUUCCGUUUCGGGCCGAAAACGCACGCAGACCAGAUCCCACAAAAGUGAUUGGCCUGCAAAAAAAAAUUGAGGCGCGCGGCAAUUUUCCCCCGCGGAACUGUCAAAAUCGCGUUUUGUGCGGUCAACCCGGCGGCGACCUCUAUUCUAGAUCGAUUUGGCGAGAGGGACAUUUCACCGCGGUAGUUCACCUUUCCUCUUCCCCCGCCGUCGAGGAUCUUCACCUCCCCACUCCGGUUGAGCUCCCGACGGCCCUCCAGCACGGCCAUGGACACCCCCGACCCCACGCUCAUCACCGUGGAAGUAGAGGUAACCAAAUCAAUGGCGGGCGGAGCCGCGGUGGAUCUCCCCGCCGGCCAUCUCCGGGCCGCGCCGAAAGCCUCCUCCAAUGCCAUUCCUGGCAAGCGCCUCAACAACAUCAUCGUGCAGGGAGGCGCGCCCAUUUCCGCCACCACCGUUGCCGCCACCAAGGGGGGCGGUCGCCCUAAAUAUCGCCCUCCAGCUCGGUAUAGGGACGCCGGCAAUAUUAGUGAAACUGAGGCGUCGGAGGCAGCGAAGAAGAAGGUCGUGCUCAAACGCAAGCGGGCGCCUGCGGCCAACAAGGCCCCGACGAGUUCUAUGCCUGCCACCGCUGCCGUCCCACCGGUGUUCGAUGGAAUGCCCGAAAGGUCCGAGUAUGCGGCUAUCCUUGAGGAAAACGCGGUGAACAUUGAGGAUGCACCGCUUGGGUACUAUGGAUAUAACGACAUGGACGGCGGGGUACACGAUGGAGGCAAAUAAGAAGAGGAAGAGGAGGAGCUGCAGAAGAUUUAGGGGAGGUCUUCGAGGCAUCGCAAUCCAUGACAGGGUAUAGCAAGAGGGAAAAGGGCUAUAGCCAAUUGGAGGAUGAAGUGUUGAUAUGGGCUUGGGAGGCUGUGUCACUCGAUGCCAUCCACGGCACCGACCAAACCGGGAAGAGGUAUUGGCAAAGGAUAGAAGACAAGUUCUUCUGGUUGAUGCCAAACAAUGUCGACAAAACAUCACGCACCUAUAGAUCACUCCAAGGUCAAGUCGGCGGUUAGCCGGUGGUGUGGAUGUUUGGAGCAAGUCUACAAUGCUCCUCCAAGUGGAACCAAUGAUGUCAAUUGGGAGAAAAUUGCAGCACCAAAGUAUAGAGACAUGCCGGCAUACAAGGGAAAGCCCUUUGCAUUUGAACAUUGUUGGGUGAUGCUUAAAAAUAAUGAGAAAUGGAAGGUGGGGGACAAAGAAGCACCGCUGAAGAAAGGUGCCUUCACCUUGUUGGAUGAUGAGGAUGAUGAUGAAGAAGAGAGGAACAAGGGUAGGCUAGAUGGCACCAAGAAGGCCAAGGACAAUAUGAGGAAGGAUUCGAAGGCAUCAAGUUUGAGAGAGAAGAUAGACCAUAUGGUGAAGUCAAAUGAGUUGAUGGUCAUCAUGACUGUUGAAGCAAAAAAAGAGUUGGCAAUGAAGAGGUCUCAAGAGAAAGAGGAGAAGUGGCACCAAAUCAAGGAGAGCAAGUUGCAGAAGCCGGCCAUCGAGGACAAAAGAGCCCAAGCCGAGGAAACCAAAGCUCUUGCCAAGCUCAUUGCCGAGGAGAACAAGAUCAUGACCAUGAACUGUAAUGAGAUGAAUGAGAUAACCUUGGAGUGGCAUGAUUUGAUGAGAAAGGGGAUCUUGGAGCGAAGGAGGACGGCUGCCAUCAGUGGUGGUGGUGGUGGUGGUGCUUGAUGGUACUUCAUCAUGGUUUCGCCACUUUAAUGUGGUUCUUUUCAUGCAAAAAUGAUCUAUUCGGUUGCUUGGAUGCUUAAAACUAUAUUAUUUUCUAUUUGUAUGUGAGAACUAUGUUGAAUUUCCAAACUUUUCGUGUUAAUUGUCGAAAUUUCUUUUUAUUUGUGCAA